AUGAAACAAAUCAGCGAAAGAGUCCAACUUUUAAACGACAAAUCCGCCAACAAUGACGGCAAAUAUAUUUUGUAUUGGAUGCAGAUGUUCAAGCGCACCACCUACAAUCACGCGCUUAAUUUCGCCAUCGAACAGGCGAACGAACGCAAACUUCCGCUCGUCGUUUACGAAGGUUUGAAAUUUUAUUAUCCGUGGGCAUCGGACAGGCUUCACACAUUUAUUCUCGAAGGCGUUGAAGAAAAGCGCAAGGCGUUUGAAAAACUCGGAAUAAAAUAUAUUUUCUAUCUGCAAAAGGACGAAAAAUCGCCGAAAGAUACGGUUGCGCGAAUUGCGAAAGAUGCGGUUUUGCUCGUGACGGACGAUUUUCCAUGUUUCAUCAUUCCCGAUCACAAUAAAGCUGUCGUCAAAAAAGCCAAAAUCCCUGUUUACGCGGUCGAUUCAAACGGCGUGAUUCCGAUGUCGCGCUUUGAAAAGGAAGAAUAUGCGGCUUAUACGAUUCGCCCGAAGAUCAAAAAAAUGGUUGACGAAUAUCUGAAACCGUUUGAAGAAAUCAAGGUUUUAGUAAAAGCCGACAAACUCAAAAUUGAUUGUCCCGACACGUUAGUUACGGAAAAGAAUGUCGAAAAAUUAGUUUCCGAAUGCGACAUCGACCACAGCGUGAAACCUUCGUUUAUGUAUCACGGCGGAACGGAAAACGGGCGCAAGCGUUUGAAGAAAUUCGUCAAAAACAUUCUGGAAGAUUACGACGAAGCGCGAAACAAACCCGAAAAAGACGGCAGUUCAAGGCUUUCGUCAUACUUACAUUUCGGUUUUCUUUCAUCACUCGAAAUCGCGCUCGCGGUCAAAGAGUCGGACGCACCGCAAGCAUCGAAAGACGCUUAUCUUGAAGAGAUCAUCGUGCGCCGCGAGCUUUCUUACAAUCUCACGCGCUUUAAUCCGCAUUACGAUUCGAUCAAGGCUUUGCCCGAUUGGGUUCAGCAAACGAUGCGCAAACACAUCGACGACGAACGCGCACCGAUCUAUUCGCUCGAACAAUUGGAAACGGGAAAAACUUACGACGAACUCUGGAACGCCGCCCAACGCGAAAUGGUCGAAACGGGCGAAAUUCACAAUUAUGUGCGGAUGCUGUGGGGCAAAAACGUCAUCGGCUGGACGCGUUCGUAUGAA